AUGUAUCGUUAUUACAUAAAUUGUAAUAAUUGGAAACCAACACGUGAUGAAUGGCUUUAUGCCACACGUUGUAUAACAAAAACUGAACUAGAACGUAUUGAUAAAUUUGUAUUUCAACGUGAUGCAAAAUUUGCCCUUGCUGGACAACUCUUAAUUCGAUAUCUUUUAUCAAGAGCAUUGAAACGUACGAGUUCAUCAUUUGAAGUCAAACGUACUGAACGUGGCCGUCCAUUUAUUGAAUCUACAACAAAAUUUGAUUUUAAUCUUUCGCAUCAUAAUCAAUUGGUUUGCAUUGCUGGAACAUUCGAUGGACUAAUCGGUUGUGAUACAAUGGAAUAUCAAGUCAAUAGCAAGCCAAGAGAAUCUAUUGAAUCAUUAACAAAUUUACUUCGACGAGAAUUUACAAAAGAUGAAUACAAUUUUAUAUUGAAUAGAACCGAAGAUGAAAAAAAACGAUUUGCUCAUUUUCAUCGUUUAUGGUGUUUAAAAGAAAGUUAUGUUAAAUGGUUAGGCUACGGUAUAGGUUUUACAUUAUCAAGAUUAAAUUUUUGUAUAAAAACAGAAGACUUCAAUCGAGAUGAUUCUAAACAAGUUUUAUCUGAUACAAAAUUAGAAAUAGAUAAUAAAUUAAUUGAUGAGAAACUUCGUUUUGAUGAACAAAUUAUUUAUUUACCAGAUAAUGAGCAACAAAUUAUUACAUUAUGUUUAUCAGAUAAAAAUAACUGUGAACCAUUUAUUGAAAUAACUAUCAGUGAAAUACUUGAAGGUUGCACACCAUUGGAUGAAAAUAAACAGGAUGAAGAAAUAUGGUGGAUUCAUUUUCAAGGGAAACACCUCAAAUAA